AUGUGUCGAGCUUUCGCAACAACCCUUAAGGGUACUGUCAGAGACUGGUAUCGAACUCUGCGACUCGGAUCGAUCAAUUCCUUCCUAGAGAUGGAACAACUGUUCACCGGCCACUUCCUUAGUAGUCAAAGAAUUGUUAAAACAACGGGCCAUCUCAUGAGUAUGGCGCAAGGAGAGCAAGAGACUCUAAAGAAAUUCAUGCACCGCUUCAACACAGCAACCCUAGAAAUCUGCAACCUAGACAUGGGGGUGGCUUUAGCAGCCUUGACAACAACUCUUCAACCCGAAAGUUUCUUAUACUCUCUAGGGAAAAAUCCACUAGUGGAUAUGGGGGAGCUGAUGGCUCGAGCACAAAAAUACAUCAACCUGGAGGAGAUGAUGGACACAAGAGGAAGUCGCAUAGAGAAAAGGAAAAGUAGUAGCAGUGAGACACGAGAAUCCUAUAGAUCCAUCAGAAAGAAGGACUAUGUCUCGUGGCCCGAACCCGUGCGAACACCUCUUCACAAGCGAAACAUGUCCAAGUUCCACGCAUUCCAUAGGGAUCAGGGCCAUGACACAGAGGAAUACAUCCAGUUGAAGAAAGAAAUCGAAACCCUAAUAAGAAAGGGAUACCUGUCAAAGUUUAUAAAGAAAGAAGAUCCACAAAGGGAACCUCUCGAGCAGAGGAGGCCUAGCGUACAAGAGAAGGAGGAGCAAGUCAUAGGGGAAAUUGGGGUGAUCUUCGGAGGAUCUACUAGCGGAGGAGAUAGUGGGGGUGCUCGCAAAAGAUAUGCUAAAAAGGGACUCGCUGUGGGGUGCGUGAGGCCGUUGCUGUUGCAGAUGGCCGUGGGGAUGGUGGAGGAUCUCGCUGGGAGACGGCGACGGGGGCGGCAAAGGCGACGAGAGCGAGCGACGGUGACGGGGACGAAUGACUUGGGCAGCGACGUCAAGGGAGGUGUGAUGACGAGGAUGGUGUAA